AGAAAGAAAAAAAAUGCUUGACAGCAAAUGGUAGUCGGUGCCGUCGUCGGUCAUGUGGCCAAGUCUGGAACAACCAUGCAGCCAUCUUACACAACCUGAGCUGGAAGAACAUGCGCAAAGGCAGUGAAUUGCGCAUAAUGGACGCUGAAAUGGAGGCCCCGUAGAACUGAAGGCGGGACCUACGCGUUUUUUACUUAAAUCUGAUUGGUGUUGGUGGAGGUGUCGCGACAGAUCCCGGGUUUCUGCACAUUGUUUGGGGAUGUGUUGUAUGGACGAACCCAACGACACGUUAUGAAUUAUUCUGCAGUUGUAAUAUUGUACUGAUCUAUUUAUCCAUAAAAGCCUGGGUAAACACGCAGCGUCUUGCAGGUUGCCUUGGUGCGACGGGAGCAGGGAAACAACACCGGUCCUCACUCAGACCGACGAGUGAGAGGACCACAAGACUCCACAUCAUAAGUAUUAAGAUGAUCCUCAAGUGGAUGCUGAAGCUCUAGAUCUAUACAGAAUGACAAAUUCCAUCUUCUGCGAUAUGAUUGGUUACAAGAAAUCUAUGAUCAUAUCUGUCUUCACUGGCCAAUGUUGGCGCACAAAGGCAGGACUCAAACACAGCAUAACACAAUUAAGCACCAUAUCAAUUGGAAAUGGCAAAAAAUUGAGAAGAGUCAAAAGCGCUUCUGUACUUGUUCUUCAUUGUGCUGUAUUGCAUCCCUUCCGCUGAUGUACCCUGGAUGAAGUUCAAGUACCUCCUGACUGAAACUGCAACACUGAUGACUUAUGGACAAAAAUCUAAAACUAUCUGACAAGAAUUUUAAGAAAGCGAGUUGGACAUAUGGAUCAGGGUAAUCAAGAUGACAUUUCAAGUAUGAGUGAGUCUGUGGAAAUACCUUCAUCAGAAUUCACCUGUACAAGUUCAGUACCAAAUUCUGUGCAAGGCUCAAAUCAUGAACCAGUACAUGCUGUGGAAAACCAUGUUUGCUCUGUAAGUCAUCAGUCAAUGUAUGUUAUACCAGAACAAAUGGAUUUGUCUAAAAAUGAUGCACCUAUGUUUGAAAAACCUUUGUCAAGGACACCACACAAUGCUGCACUGGUGGCUGUGACUAGAUUUGAGGAUUAUUCGGAUGUUAGCAGCUGUUCUGAAGCAGAUUUUGACAUUUUAAACGGCUCAGAAAAAAACCCUGACCAGUCUUCUGAAUGUCAGAAAACAAUUGGUUGUAGAGAUAAAAAUGAAUUGGAGAAAGACUUUUGUCCUGCUGUAAGACCUAAUGCAUUGGCAGCAAAUGACGAAGCCACAGAAAAUCAAAAUUAUGUCUAUAGAGCAUCUCCUGAGACAAAAGGAGAAAGACAAAGUGGCAGUUUGGAUAAUGUGUUGGAGGCUGAUAAUCAAAUAGAAAAGUCUUCCUUAAAUCCUGAAUAUCAGUGUUCAAAUCUCACUACUGCAACAGGUGAAAAUGUAUGCCCUUUGGAAACUGAGGAACAAAUGAAAGGAGUACUUACACAGAACACAGACUGUGGUGUUCCUGAAAUAAGCAAGAACUACAGAGACACUCCAGCUACUACAGCACAAAACUUCGUAUGUGCUUUGGAUUUAAAUGCCACAAAGCAGAAUAUAAAAGAUGAUGAGAAUGCAAUUAGUACUGGAGAUGUAAGUGCACAAGAUUGCCCCUUAGAAGGAAUAAACAACAUAUGUGAGAUCAAAAAUGGUACUGCAGAAUAUGAAGUAAAGUAUGGCGUUAAAAAUACUGCUCAUAAAAAUGAAGCAAAGACUGAUGUGACAGAGAAAAGCCAAGACGUGGAACAUGGCAGUUUUGAAUUCUUAGAAUCAUGUUUUGGUUUAAACAGUAUGGUCCAUACAAAGUUGGAGCAAAAUACUGAAACCUUUUCAGUGACUGGGAAUAUGAUUCAGGACUCCCAAAAUUGUGAGAUUGCUCAUGUGCAACCCCCAGUUCUCGCAAGACCUCCACUUGAAUCUGAACCCACUGAUCAUAUAAGAGAGGCAGCAGAUGAUGGUCUGCAGGAACCCCAUAAAACAAGGACUUACAGUACUACUUCUGUUUCUCAAGAUCUUGGACAACAAAAUGACUUUAUAGAUGACCAAGUCAUUGAAGGCUUAGCUGGACCUGAAAGUACAUAUAGCACAGGAAUUAAAAACAGUGUGACCUUGUUGUCAUCAAAGGAAUUAAUGCGAAAACUACAGCCUGUUGUCCUUCUGAAGACAACCAAGCGUAAUGCUAAAGAUGGAAACAUGUAUUCUUGUUCUGUGUGCAAAAAGAACACACUAAAUUUAGAUGAACUUGUUGAACACCACCACAGCAAUCACUCUAAACAUAUAUUUCAGUAUUGCCCCACCUGUGGAGCCUAUUUUUCUAAUGGAACAUUGGCAGCUCAACAUUUGUGUGGGCAAAUUGGGCCAAAAGACAUGCAGCCACCUGAACUAAUAUUGCCAACCUCUAAACAACUGACCGAGAAGCUUGAUGCAAAAUACCAAUGUAAGUACUGCCAAAAACCAUUCAUUAAAAAGUCCUACUAUCAAGAUCAUGAGCAAAGGCAUAGAACUGUAACACAGCAUAGGUGUAAUCGUUGUGGCUUAUACUUUUCUCAUGCAAAAAGACUUUAUGCCCACAAAAGAAAAGUUAGAUGCACUCCUUUGAUACUAGAACCCAAUAAACUAAAAAAGUGCUUUCUAACAGCCCCAAAUAAUACAGCAAAAUCAGACAUUACAUUUGGAAUUGAUAGUUGUCAAAUUGGCCUUCCUGAUUGUUUUGUAAAACUUGUAGACAUAAACAAGGAGUCAUCCCUACAGAAAGUAAAUUGUCCCGUUUGUGGAAAAAGGUUCAAACUCCGAGCUCAACUGAAAGUGCACUUUAGAUCGCACACAGAUGCAAAGCCUUUUAAGUGUAGUAAGUGUAAGAAGGUUUUCAAAUAUUUGUGGAAUCUUGACAAACAUAAAAGGGAGCUAUGUUCUGGAGACACUACAAAACCACACUUUCCCCAACCACCUAUUACAGAAACAUGUUUUGGCAAAUAUGCCUGCCCCACCUGUCCACAGGUUUUUAGGUACACGUACAACCGAACCAGACACAUGCGACAAAGGUGUUUGCAAGAAUAUAUGCAAACUGGAAAAGGAAAGGUGGGCAACAGGUAUAAAUGCCCCUUAUGCAAGGAAACAUUUUCUUUGCCUUCUAAUCGGAAUAGACAUAUUAAAAACACUUGCUUUCAGCAAUACAAAACAAGGAGGCAUACAGACAAAAAGAAACUUUUCAAGGCAAGUAUCAAAGAAGAAAAAGAGGAAGAGCAAGUGGUGUCGACAGAGAAUUUUCCAUGUUAUAAAUGUAAAGUGUGCCCGGCUUUGUUUGCACAUAAAUCUGGAGUCUAUAGACACAUGAAGAAACAUUCAUUGCGGCAGGCUUCUGCAGUACCAGUGACUAACCCUGACAAUGUUACUGAAGUGAAAGAAUCAGACUCCAAUAUUGGGAUACCUCAAAGCCAGCAAGAUUCAGGCAAAAAGUCAUCUGAUAUGGACACCAGUACCACUUUACUUUGUAGAUUCUGUGAUAAAUGUUUCAGUUCGGCUGACUUAUUGAAGAGUCAUCUGCAGCUUCAUGGGGAAAAAAAGCCUUUUCAGUGCUUGGACUGUGGUAAAAACUUCAAAAGGCGUGGACACUUAAUAGUCCACAAAAAUGUCCACAAACGAAGGAUUCAGUGUUCUGUCUGUAAAAAAGUUGUGCCCACUAUUGGAGAUUUGCUAAAACACAGACAGUCCCAUAUAAAAAAGGGUAUGCUUCAGUGCCCUGAUUGUCCAAUGCAAUUCAAGUUUCCUGUCUACUUGCUAAGACAUGUUGCAUGCCAUGCCAAGAAAGAAGCCGUGGCAAAAUCAUAUCUGCCUGCUAAGGGUCCAACCAAAAAGGCAGCAGAUGAAAAAGUGAAAGUAUUUAUAGAGCGCUUUAAGUGUGGAAUAUGCCAAAAGGGAUUUGUUGAUUCCAAAUCAAUGAGUGAGCACUGUUUAACACACCUUCCAGCUGGGUCCAAAUGUCCAGUUUGUAAGCAUAAUUUCACAAGUCGAACUGCACUAAUUCGGCAUAUUCGUCUUCACACUGGUGAAAAACCUUUUCCUUGCAAUAUAUGUGGAAUGCAUUUUCACAGGAAGGAACCGCUUAGAGUUCAUCAGGAGAAAUGCAAGGUAUUUAAAGGAAAACCUGUCACUCCAUUAUCACCCCCAACUCAAACUCGUGAAAAACGAGCAAAAGUGAAAGCCGAAUCAAAGCCAGAAAAAAUUCCCCAAAAAUAUUUUUGCUCAUAUUGCCCACAUAUAUUUGCCAGGUCUGGUAAUUGGAAACUGCACGAAAAAGCUCACAUGGGUAACAACCUUGUACCAUGUUCAAAGUGUGGGAAAUAUUUUAAAAGGAAUAAGGUUUAUGGACAUCGGAAACACUGCAACUUUAAAGAAUCCGCCUCUCGAGAGAAAUUUAACAGUGAAAAAAAUGAAAAUGCCCAUAAGAGUGAAGACAAAGAUACAAAUUUAAUUGUUACAAACAGAACAUGCAGAAUAGCAAAAGAAAUGGGAACAAGUAUCAAGGAAAGGUUUAAGGAGCGCUGCCCACAUUGUUCUAAGCGUUUCCAGUUCAGAUCUUACUUGCUAAGACAUCUUCAUACUCACUUGGGGAAAAACACAUUUGCCUGUAAGCAUUGUGGUCAGAAAUAUGACUGUAAGAGCUCAUGUCAACAGCAUGAAACCUUAUGUGAUGGCAUGUUAAGUAAACAUGAAGCGAAACAACUGAAUGAAUCUGAAGAAACCAAAGUCAUGCCAGGUAGUGCAACCAGUCUAAAGGGCUGCACAGUCAUUAUAGGAGCAAAUGGUGAGCAAUUGAAGUGCAAUUUUUGCACAAAAACCUUUACAAAACCUAGAAAUCUCAGACGCCACAUUCUUACCCACACAGAAGUCAAACCAUAUCGUUGUAAAACGUGUGAAAAUUGUUUUUCUCGAUACGAUCAUCUGAAAUAUCACCAGACACGGUGUAGAGGCAAAAAGCAACAUCUUGAGGUGCAGAAUGCUGCUGACCAUGUUGCCUCUCAAAUCAAGAGACAGCCACAAAGUGAAGAAUUUGAAUGCAGCACUUGUUUAAAGAAGUUUUUUACACAAAGCAACUUAACAAGGCACAUUUCCAUGCUACAUUCUACUUUUAAACCAUUUUCCUGUAAAAGAUGUGGUACUGGCUUUACCUGUAAAGACAGUCUGAAGAGACACAGUAUCAGGGUGAACUGCAAGGUCUCUUCAGCAGAAUGCCCAGAACCAGUGCAAAUGCCAACCAAUGUAAAUACUCCAGUGCAGACUUGCAGAGAGACAUCCAAACUUGUGCAACGUAUAGAGGUACACUACUCCAAUAAAUGGAAAUUUCAAUGCGAGUACUGCCCUCGACGGUUUAAAAACCAAACACAAUUAAAAGUCCAUACCCGUCUUCAUACAGGAGAAAAGCCAUUUGGUUGUGCUAGUUGUAAUGAGCGUUUCAUCAGAAGAGACUAUUUAAAACGACACUUGACUAAAUGCAGAGGAAAAAACGAUAAUCCUAAAGUGCUUUGUGACCGAUGUGGUGGACUGUUUACUCAAGAAAUGCUUGAGAUGCAUCAAAAGAGCUGUUUCAUCAGCUUAAGGUCCACAGAGUGCCCUGUCGGUGGAAGCAAUAUUUCAAGUCCUUCAAAGGUCAAGGGAUUUUCCUGUGUCAACUGUAAUGAUCGCUUUUUAUUGUUCUCCCAGCUUCAGCAGCAUAUUUUUGUGAAACACAAAACCGAUGAACUACAGUCAGAUUUUCUUGAGUAUGAUCAAUUAAGUCAUGUGCACGUUAAGGAGGAACCAGUAGAUGACGGUUAUGCUGGAAACUUGCAGAAUAGUGGUCAAAUAUAUGCCAAGUAUGGCCAUGGCAAUGGUGAAAGGGAAAAGCCUUUUGAGUGUGUGGAGUGCAACACGCGGUUCAUAACUGCCAGUGGACUUGGCAUGCAUAUGCGCACUCAUACAGCAUUAUACCCUCUAUCUUGCAAAAAAUGUAACAAGGGAUUUUGGAGCAAAAAUGUCCAGCAGAAGCACACGAGAAAAUGUAAAGGUUUAGAACCCGCAGAAAAUGAAACCAACAAAAAAGAUGCAGUUUCAUCAGAAUUAGAGGGAACUCCGAAUGAUAAAGUCCUAGUCUUUAAUAAAGGUUCCAACACAACAGGAACUGGUGUACUCCAGACAAAGUUUUCAUGUAAAGACCAAGAUAAAGGAAAUGCUGACAAAGAUGCAGCAGUGGUUCACAAAUAUCAGUGCUCUGAAUGUGAGCAAAGUUUUACAGAUGGGCUUAUGCUUAUAAGUCAUCUUGAGGCUCAUGGGCGUGAAGACCAGGAACGUAAGUUAGGCAAAAGCCACUCCUGUCACAUUUGUGGUAAGACCUUUGAUCAAGCAGGCACACUGCAAAGACAUGUGAAGACUCAGCAUCAGGAACCUGCUAAGAAUACUUGUCCAGAAUGCUUUAGAAGCUUUCGUUAUCCCUCUGAUUUGGAAUUGCACAGAUCUUGUCAUGACCCUAAUCGGCCAUUUGUUUGUGGGACAUGCAAUUCGAGGUUUUGGACUCCUAAAUCCUUGAGUCUUCAUCAAAGGCUCUCUCACUCUACUAGUGAACCACUCAAAACAAUUGAGUCCACUUUAAGAACUGAUGGAGUGUCUCCUAAAGUAUUUACCUGCCACCCCUGUAAUAAAAUUUACACUGUCAAAGGGUCCUAUUUAAAACACCUUAGAGUUAAACAUAAAGGGUAUUCAAAAAGCCUUGAUGUUAAAAGUGCUACCACCGAACAGCAGUUGAGCAGUAGUGACUCAGAUGGAAGUGAUGCCGAUGAUAAAGAUAUUGGUGAUGAUGACUCUGACUCUGCCCCCUAUUUUCCAUGUCAUGUCUGUGGUAAAACAUUUGUGACAUCAGAAAGUCUUGAGGAUCAUCAAAGAUGCCAUCUUGGUGAAAAGCCCUAUGAAUGCGAAGAAUGUGGCAAAUGUUUUGUUCAGCUUGUCAAUUUGCAGCAACAUCAGCGCAGCCACAAAUCUGAGUUUCAGUGUCAAAUGUGUGGUAAAGGUUUUGUUUCACUCUUUGCAUUGCGCAAACAUAAGCACACUCAUGUUAAAAAACGUCCUCAUCGAUGCACAAAAUGUCAUUUAAGUUUCACACGGUCCUCACAGCUAACAGACCACAUGACCACACACCGUGAUGAAAACUUUCCCUGUGAUCUUUGCCACGAAAACUUUUCCUGUAAAUCCAGCCGAGCAGAGCACCGAAAAAUCCACACAGAGGCAGAGGAAGAGCUCCCACCCUUAAUUCCACCAGCAAAGCAGACUUCAUCCCUACCAAUAUUAAACAACCCUUCAUCUGGUACUGUUCAGCAAUACAGAUAUCGCUGUGAAAUUUGUCAGGUGCGAUUUCCAGAUCCUGAGCAGCUCUCUGAACAUGGCUGUAAUCCAGCAAAGGAGCGUCCAUACUCGUGUAAAGACUGUAACAAGCAUUUCUUGCAUGGUUCUCACCUUAAGAAACAUCAGCUCACUCAUCAGUUAUCUGGGACACGGUCCUUUCAGUGUAAUAGUUGUCACAUGAGCUUUAGCCAUCGCCAUCACUUCCUGACCCAUUUGCAAACACAUGGUGGCGAAGACUCUUCCAAACUUCAAAUGGAUGAUGAAGUCAAGAUAUCAAACACUGAUGAUUCUAAUCAGGACAAAAUUUACAAAUGCCCAAUUUGUCCUGAGAGUUUCUCACAAGUUUUGGAGCUAGCAAAUCACCUUUCUGUUCAUGCAAACAUGUGCAAUGUUUGCAACAAGACAUUCUCAACUAAGCAACAACUUGAGAAACAUGAACAGAGCCAUUUGUCUGCAGCUACACAGUAUGAGUGCACAGAAUGCGGCAAGAGCUUUCUUGGAAGUGAUGCCUUUCGCCAACAUUAUUGUGUUCACCAAAAACAUUCUUUAGAAAAUUCUGAAGUACUCACAAAUAAUGAAGAGGAGGAUGUGGAUGUAGGAGAGGACUUUUAUAAUUGCUCCACCUGCAACAAACGAUUUCCUUCCAACUUCAGUUUACAGGAGCACCAAAAGUUGCAUGAACUUGAACGUCCUUUCAAGUGUCUGGUUUGUGGAAAAGGCUUUACCAAAAAGAAAUAUCUUACAAAGCAUCAGCAAACGCACAAUGAGCGGUCCCAUCAAUGUGAUUUGUGCUCAAGCGUCUUCAAAACAAGACAGUCACUUUUAUCACACCGUAAAACCCAUGAUGCUCACCGUAAAUACCAGUGCUCAGUUUGUGGCAAAUCAUAUAAAACUCCACAUGACCUUACAAGGCAUGAACAGAAGCAUCCUAAAUUGCAAACAUUUCGUGAAGCAAGUGGAGACCACAGAUGUGAUAUGUGCUACAAGUCCUUCAACAUGCUUUCUCAGCUGAGACAGCACCAGGAAACACAUGUUGGACAAGUAGUCUAUGAAUGCACAGAAUGUGACAAGGCAUUUGCUUUUCUACAUCUUUUAGAAGAGCAUCAGCAAACUCAUAGGACGACAUCAGAUUCUUUCCCAUCCCAGUCACCAACUGACUUUCUUUUUCGAAGCCCAAUGAUCGAGUAGAGUGCACUGUAGAGUAUUUCCUGCAAUGCAGGUGAUUCUUAGUCAUUCAGUUUUCUGAACACAAAAUUGUAUAGUUCCUUGACUCAUGUUGUGGGUUCAUGCUUUUCUUGUAUGCUAAGUUUGUUUUUCUAGGUUAAUCGUUUUAGUACUCUGAUAUGUACAUACAAAUAGAUUGUUGUUUUUACUACUGCACUUCGGAGAACUACUUACUGAAUUUCUAGUGUUUAUAGAAAGCUCCAGAUAAAGGUAAAUUAUAACUAUUGUUCUAAAACUAAAUAAGGUGUGAAAAUGUGCAUGCUAGGAAUAAUUGACAGUGUAAAUAUUACACCACCACCAAAUAUUAUACAGCAGAAUUAAAUAUCAAUCCACAAACUGUAACUUUUUGCCAUUUAUUCCAAAGUCUUUUAUCAAACAAUCCUGUUAACUUUUGUAAUUUGCUGACUCAAGUUGUUUUAAAUUCAUUUUAUGUUUUAGUUCUUAAAACUUUUGUCCUAAUAGCACAUAUAUCUAAUACCCAUGUAACAAACGGAGUCAUUGUUAAAUUGCUAGGGUUUGUAGUUUUGCUAGAGUUGUCUGUCUUUUGUAUGUUCAGAUGGGAUUCUUGGUAUCUUUCUUCUUAUGUAUAUUUUAUUGUUUAGUUGAUUACUCUUUCAUUUGCUCAAUUGGUGUUUAAGAGCACCUACCAAGCAUUCCAUGACUUGCAGUUACUCAUAAAAGCAAGUCCCUACAUUAUGUAUAUAUGCAGUAUGUAUGUACUCAUUUGUAACUUUUUUUUUUUUUUAACAAUUUUUACGUUCAUGGUGUAUUCAGUUUUCAGACUUGGACAAUAAAGCCAUUUGAAUAGA